GUAAUGAGGGUAUAUAAGCCUGUGCGCGGGCCGGGGGCGGCGAGGCUGGGCUGGAUAACACGACACCUUGCAUCUUUCGAUUUGGUUGAGAAUUGAUAGUGUAACAUGGGCAACAUUUGGGGGGCGGUGUUUCGAAGGAAACGGCUUGUGCGGUUUCAAAACUGCAGCGGAAGCCAGAAAAAGAUGGCGAUGGCCGCUGACCUGAACGAGUUUCGUGCCAUUGCCAGAGAGAAACUGGGUUUUGGUGGACACGAUGACAUCAAAGUUUUAGAGUCAACCACAGGGUUUGAACUUGAAGACGAUGAUGUUUUCGUCCACCUGGACCCAAACAUACCGCUGACAGUGGUGAACCUAACCCGAGGCCAGGAGUGGACCCGUCCCCCAGAUGUGCCCUCGUUAAGUCAAUCUCAUCCGCUGUUCGUUCAGCCACCACACCAUCAGGUGGCAGGUCGUGAUGCAAGCGGGACGUACACAAUCACCAACAAUGUGUACAACAUCCGAGCCCAGCUGGUGCAAGUGGGCGAUAGACAGACUGUGCUGUCCGGAGUUCCGACAGGAGCUACAGAGGACGAGGACUCCCAGUUCUGAGUCGCCACUUAAACCACCGCUGGGUUUCUGGAUCUGACUUCCACAGUAGACUCGGGCACUGUAGCGCACCCUCCGCAUGAACACAACGGUGGGGUAGUGUGACACAUGGGUAGGGUACGUCCUUUUGGUGUGAUGCUGGUGGGCAACAAGGAUGCUCUGGGCUGUUAGCUGUAAACGAGAAGGGGGCCCUUUCUGGGGGCACGCAUGAGUGAAAAACACUACUACUGUUUAACUCAAUUCACUGUAUGCGGUACCUAGUGCGAUCCGAUUGCGCCCCUCAGAGAGCAGCUUGUCCUGAUCGUCAUGCAGUAUUUCGCCAGGAUUUACUGACCUGCUCACGACAGAGAACAUCAUUUGGCAACGGCCAUGUCUGUGUCUCACAUUCCCACACGGAGUGUAUAAAGAAAAACUAGCAGUUUCAAGUCAUUUCAGGGGUAAAACUUGUUUCCUGGUUCCAAGUUAAAAUAAGAUCAGGUUUCCCCCAAAUCAGCUGCACAAGCCUGGGGUGUCAAACAGGGUGUGUGUAGCAAAAAGUAUCUUUUCUCAACCAAACAAAAACAUUACAAUUCUCAACCAAAUCGCAAGAAUGCAAAAUGCAUGAACUGCCUCAAUUUUACCUCCAAUGAACGACUUGAACUGCUACGUUUGGAGGGUGCGUGUGUGCUCGAGCCUGCUGUGGACAUCAUUUCUAGACUUGCUCACGGAUUCAGCGGAUGAUCGAUUAGACAACAAUUUUAACUUUUUAAAAACAAAUCUUCUUUAAAACGUAACUAGGGUGUUCCGUGAACUUAUUAGCUAUGUCUGACACAAUAUAUUGGAGAGGUAUUUGGAACAGAGGACAGAUAAACUUGCAAAAUCGAGCAAGUAUUGAAAUGAAUCUCUUACUUGUAAACCUAUUGGCAUACAUUGUGCCAGAUUUAGACCAAUAUGUUCACGUACUAUUUUAAUUUUCUAAUUUAAACACGUAAAUUGUCCGUUUUAAGCAAGUCAGUUAAAGCUGUAAAGAACAAACUUCCUGUUUGUACCACGAUUUAAACUUGUAUUGCGAACUGAUAAAGUUAAUAACAGAAAGUCUGUUUCAAACCUAUAUUUCGCCUAAUAAAUGGCCUGUGAAAGAACUGCAUAUAUUAAUUAAGUACUUAAAACACUGCUAA